AUAAUUAGAAGAGUUCUCAAACGAAUUUAAGAAUGACGAAUAAUGUCUUGUCGUUGCUGGUUUUAAUUGGUUUUCUAUGUGUUAUUCUCGUUGCUGGUUUUUUGGAUGAGGAAAUGAACUGUUUUUCCCUGCGUAACGAACUUUGUCCUAACAGCAACAUUUCCUUUUGGCUCUACACAAAAGAAAAUCAGGAGGGAAAGAAGCUUCCAACAGUUGGACUUGUCAAGGAUUCAUUUUCUCCCAGCAAACCUCUUAAGGUUCUGAUCCAUGGCUUUAAUGGGCACCGCGAUUUCAGUCCCAAUAUCCAGCUACGUCCGCUGUUCUUGAAACAGGAUUAUAAUGUCUUAUCCUUGGACUAUGCAAAACUAGCCCAUGAACCCUGCUAUACGGAAGCCGUUCACAAUGCCAAAUAUGUAGGUCAAUGUACGGCUCAGUUUCUGCAAAAACUCAUCGACGAAGGAUUGGUCAGGACAGAGGAUCUGCAUCUAAUUGGCUUGGGCUUGGGCGCUCAUGUGGCUGGGUUCGUUGGCCAGUUUAUGCAGCAGCACAAGCUGGAGCACAUCACUGGCCUCGAUCCGGCAAAACCACUUUACCUGGUCAACGAUACGGCGGAAAAGCUCGAUCCCACUGAUGCCAAGUUCGUGGACGUCGUGCACACGGAUGUGAUGCUACUUGGCUUACUGGAUGCAGUGGGUCACGUGGACUUCUACCUGAACAUGGGUGUAUCACAGCCCAACUGCGGACCCGUUAAUCAGAUGGAGACUCAUGUCUGCUACCAUAACCGAGCCGCCGACUAUUAUGCCGAGUCUAUUUCGUCCACUUCUGGAUUCUAUGGCUUCUACUGUCCCAGUUUUAAGAGCUUCGCGACUGGGAUCUGUGUUCCCAAACAGAAUAUACAGCUGAUGGGCUUCCACGUCCAUCCGGAAGCGAGGGGCAGGUAUUUUCUGGAAACCAAUAAUGGCCCUCCAUAUGCCAAGGGGGAGAACUUUUCCACUAUAAACCGCCAACUUAAAGGUCGCACUUACGUGAACGACGAUAUCAUAGAAACAUUGCUUGAAACAUAGUAAAGAUCUGAAGAAUGCUUCUGAAUUC